UUAAACUUAAUUAAACUGUUUACAGUGUUUAUAGAAAAUAAAAUUGUCAGUUGAAUUUUAUGUAAUUUUGAUAUUUUAGACGGUAAUUUAUUUAAUUCGAAUUAUAUUAAACAGGGAUUUCUAUUAGACAAUUCUCCGAUCAUGCUUGCGAUAGGAAAUUCUCCUACAGUUUCGGUAGAUUUGAGUUCAUACCGUGAUCAGCACUUCAAAGGAUCUCGUGCUGAUCAAGAGAAGCUGCUACGCCUCAGUACUACUUUAUACGUAGGUAAUCUUUCAUUUUACACGACUGAAGAACAGAUUUACGAGUUAUUCUCCAAGUGCGGCGAUAUCAAGAGAAUCAUCAUGGGAUUGGAUAAGUACAAGAAAACACCGUGCGGAUUUUGCUUCCUAGAAUAUUACGCGAGAGGAGAUGCUGAAAACGCUAUGCGGUACGUGAACGGUACUCGACUAGAUGAUCGAAUUAUAAGAACGGAUUGGGAUGCCGGAUUUGUCGAAGGCAGACAAUAUGGAAGAGGAAAAACUGGAGGACAGGUUCGUGACGAAUACAGAGCUGAUUUUGACUCCGGCCGAGGUGGCUAUGGUAAAAUUAUGCAACAGAAAUUAGGACCCGGUGAAACAGCUGGAGGUUAUCCGAGAUAAAUGCAGCACGUAUGGAUAUAUUGUACAUUUAAACAUUUAAAAUUAAGGAUGCUUUUGUUUAUAAUUAUUAGGAUAUCGAUUCAUUAAGGUUUUACAUAAGUGUGAAAUAUUUCAUUUUGAGCAUUAGGUUAUCGUGAGCUAUAUUUUUAAUUGUAUUUUGUUCUAUCAUGCGGUAGAUGCCGAUGAGUUUUUGUGUUCAAUGUAUCGCAGAUGAGAAUUCAUGUACGGGAUGUUGCCUUUUUGUAUCAUAAAAUGAAAUCAAAUAAUAGUAAAAAUAUUAUUUGAUGUGAUAUUAUGAAUAAAUAUUUUUUACGUUUUUGUUCCUCAA